GCGAGCAAAACACAGCGUGCGCAGACAAGGGCAAGAGAAAAAAGCGAACUGUAUCGUGUCCGUUUGUUUUACCCGUUAUUUGCAUGCUCAGAGGUCCAACAGACGCUGCGAAAUAAACCUCAGACAGCAGCCGGCUUUUCCCAUGCCCUCCGGUUGCUACUACUGUAGCUACUGCUGUGUCGCAUCGUGUAAAAACAACGGUAAAACGCACAAGAAACCCGGUACAAAGUUUUUCCGAAUCGCACGUGACGCAAGGUCAAAAUCUUGGCUCGACUAUGCCAAGAGGUAUGAUCUUCUUGGAAAGUCUGCUUCGCAACACUAUGCCACCUAUCGCGUCUGCAGUGAUCACUUCACUGCAAAAGAUUUUAUGGACCCAGGGCAAACAACCCUAGUGCGAUCAGAUGUGCCUACUGUUCGUCCUCCCAUAAACUGGGCAUCUGCAAUAGGUCCCACUCAGGCAACCAGCUCAUAUGGCCCUUCACUCCAGUGCAGCUCCGUCGCAGCGAGCCGUUCUGUGCUAGACCAGGCAGAGCCCGACAGACUGCAG